AUAGUCCACGCUAGCGCAAAAUCGCCCCCUUGUAGGAAAAUCCAUCUCCCGCCUAAUUCUCGAAUCCUUGUGUGAUCUCUCGGGCAUCGCUAUCCAGCGAUUUUAGAAACAGCGCGCCUCUGAAAGUUGUUAACGAAAGCGAAGAGACAUAAGAAGCUCAGGCUUUUGAAAUCUGACUCUUAAAGACUCGCGGGCUUUCGGAAUUUCUCAAGCAUCGAUGGAGCAGGCAGCAGCGGCGUACGCAGGCGCGGCGCCGUGCAGCCCGCAGAGCGAUCACCUGCUACCGUUCGUCGCGCUCACCCACGAUAUCUCCGCGUCCGUCGCCUCCAUCCUCCUCUCCCCCUCCUCGCGCUCCAUCCACCCGCACCUCUUCCAAGCCUGGAACUUCACCCCUAGCCCCCGCGCGCCCAGCCCUCCCCCCUCCGCGCAUCGCUUCCCGUCGCCGCCGCCGGCGCAGCAGCUGUCCGAGUCCGCGCACUCCUCGCAACCCGCGCAGCCGGAGCAACCGCUGGAGUACGGCUGCUUUUUCUCCACUCCGCCCAUUUCCCUCGCUCCGCCUGCCGUCCCCAUCAUCCCUGGUAUCGCCUACACCCCCGCCGCCAGCGCCGCCAGCGCCAGUGGCUGCCCCUACCUUAGCGUUUUACCCGCCCCCCCGUGCGCGGCCGACCUUGCGCAGUCGAAGAAGGACCAGCCGCUGCGGGCGGAAGGGAACUCCUGGGAAGCUGAUGGUUACAGGCGGGCGGGACAGGGGGAGGUGGUAACCGAAGUAGUGAAGCAGCCGUUACAGCGGAGCCUCAGCCCCUCGCGUGAGCGGCGGAAGAGCGUGCUGCGCAGCAACAGCGGGGAUGGCGGAAGCUCCUCCGCGCGAGCGUUCGCAGGUGCAACGGAGAGCUCGAGUUACGGCAAACUCCCAAGCACAGGCGUGACAGUAUCGGGGCCUCGAACCGCCCCCUCGUGCGGCGAGUCUCGUACCUCAGGAGCAGGCUCGUUAUUGGAACAAUUCGCAUCGAUAUUCACCCGCCAGCCCAGCAAAGUCGCCGCCGUCGCCCCCUGCACCGGCGCAAGCGAUCGCGCUGCUGCUAUCCGCGCGCCGUUAGGUUCCGCGAAGCCGCCCCGCCCUCCGUCCCGCCAGUCGCUACUCCCGUCGCCCGCGCCACGAAGGAGCGAAACCCGCGGGAUGGGCGGAUUCUUCGGGCGGAAGGAGCACCGGCAGGGCAAGAGCGCCAGGAGUCGCAGCGGGAUGUGUGGCGGAAGCAAGGGCGGGCAGGCGGGCGGGGGAGGGGAGGGGGUGAUGCUGCCGAUGCUGCUGCUACUGGUGGCGCUUUUCUUCGUGCUCACGUUCGUGCAGCAUAUCUGGAGCCCGGAGCAAUCGGCGCUGAUUGCGGCGGACGAAGCGCGCGCGCGGUCGGGCAGCGGCGAGUACAGCGACUCGUGGGAGAUUCUCUGGAAUAGGAGCAACCCUAGUAAUGGCGGGAUUAGCGCGAGCGACGCGUGGUCCAGCGCUGCUGCUGCUGCGACGGCUGCUGCCUCGCGCACGGGCCAGAACCGCAAAUUGGGUCGCGCGCCUGUAGCGGCGCCAGAGGCGGCGAGCGGGAUGAAGGCGGAAGGAGCAGGGCUGGAAAGCAGGGACGCAGGAGUGGCCGGAGGAGCGGCGGAGGAGGGGGGCGCACUGGGGUUGGGGGAGUUGGGGAGCAUAGAGGUGGGCGGGGGGUGGGGGUGGGCAGCGGGAAGGGCAGAGUGGGGGGCGGGGAAGUGAAGGGGGCGGCUGGUCUGGCUGGAAUGGCGCAGUGGGGGCUGUCCGCGUGGCAAAUGAGGCGGCGGUUGCGGUGACAGGGGGAUGAGAGGGGGUGGGAUGAGACGCAAGUGAUUGUUGCUGCGUGUAUUGUGAUGUGCUAUUCAAUACCUUGCAUGUACCCCAUUGUGUGGUUUACAGCGAAGGAGAUUCAGCACGGGCUUUAUUCCAAAUGCACGGGGUGUGUAUAGAACGGAGCUUGGUGCCUGAGUUUGGUUGGUGCCCCAUGUGCGAGUUAGUAAUGAGAAGUGAAGGUCUGCUGUCGGAUAGUGAGAAGAUACAUACUCGGAGUAGAACGAAUGAGUAGGAGGUGGUACAAGGGGAUAUAACAUCAUGAUACAAGGUGGUACUGCUGUCUAGUGAUACCGUGCCAGUCUCUAUCUUUCAGGGUUGUAUUAGAAAGAAUAAUAAACUAGAAAGUGUGAGUACAAGGGUAUAUAGACUAGGGUGUUGUACCAGGGCC